UUUUCAACUGGUCCUUGUUUAGGGAAAUUAAUCUGUAUUGAACGGACCAGUUGUUCAUGCCGUUAUGUGAGAGUUGUUAUCAAGUUAACGGACGUUUUAACUGUGAAAGUAGUUGUGGCUUUAGUUGGCUUUUAAGCCAGCUAAUUAGCUACCAACAUAAAUCAAUUCCCGAGUGUGUUUUAGCAAAUCGCAAAGGCAGAAAAGGUUUCAACAACCAAAGCUACAUUCUAGGACUCUACAUCAUGGCAGAAUGGUUAAUGUUGUGUUUGAUUUUCGUCUUCUUGUUGAGUCUUGUGACAAUAGUAGGGUACGUUCUGUACUCGGGGCUGUUGUCAGAAAUACACAUCCGGACUGGUUCUCCUCCAAUCAAGAACAUCACAAUCGCCUACAAGUUCAAACAGGGACCAUAUAAAGAGUGUGGACAACUUUUUACUGAGAGUUGCAGCAUUGGACGCAAUCUGUCUAGUAUUGGAGUGUUCUACGAUGAUCCUAAAAAGGUGAUAGGAGAGCAGUGUCGCUGUGCGGUGGGUAGUGUCCUGAGUGAGGGUGAUACUAGGCCCAGUGAGGAGCUCCAACAGCUCUAUGAGAAGUUUGGUUUCCGGGUCUUCAGCUUCCCAGAGGUCACUCACGUAGUCAGCGCCUCCUUUCCCCACAGGACACCCCUGUCAAUCUUCUUUGGGGUGCAGAGAGUCUACCCCCAGCUGGAGAGCUACAUCAAGGAGAGGAAGUUGUGUGCACACCCAUGCCUGGAGAUCUACAGAGAUGACCUGAUCCACUACAUGAGUCCUCUGGCUCGCCAGGGAGAUUUCUACGUACCAGAGGUCCGUCAGGACCCGGACAGGAGGCUGCUGGGAGACAAUUACUCUGAGGAGGACAGAGGGACCGACAUCACAGGUGCGGACUCCAAUAGUGAGUGCAGUUCAGGGAGUGGUGUUUUCCUGUCAGACAGCAGAGAGACCUCCCUAGCCCCAUCCAGCGUCCCCUCCCUGAUCCGACACUACAGAGGAGGAACAGGAGGAGGAGGAGGUGAAGACCGCAGUGACAGGAGCUCCAGCUCCUCGUCCUUUGAGGAGUUGGACAUGGAACUCCCAGAUGGACAGGAGGAAGCAGGGACAGAGCAAGCUAGCGACGCCCCCGGCAACAAGCACCUAGAGACAACCACAGAGGAGAGAGGGGUUGUAGCCGGGGGGGAGGAGUGAGGGGAUGAUGUGGAGGAGAAGAAGAAGUGGAGGUUGGGUGAGGAGGAGAGAUUCUAAUGUGCAGUUUUCUAUGGCUCUUUUUCAAUUAGUCUUUCCUUGAUUCCUCCCAUUUUGCACUUCCUCCUCCAAUAUGGUUGAGGUGAGGAAAUAGGAUCCAGGGAAUCACAGAAAGACUUAUUGAGAUAGAGUCAUUGUGUCUUCCUACAAGUACAGUUUUUUUUACAUUCCCAAACCUAUUUUAAGGUGAUGAGUUAGUCUGAUGAGUGUUUUGUGUUGAGCUGUUGGUCAGGCAGAGUUCCAAAGGGAAAAUUAUUUCCUUCUUUCUGUCCUACUGUUGGUUGGCUGACAGAAAAUAGCCUACUUGUAAAAAAUAUAAAAAAUAUCAGGUAACCUGAGUUUCUUGAAAUCCAUGUUUGUUUUUAAGUACUUCAUUGAUAUGAUAAGCAUGGUGAACAAGUGUGUUUGGAUGCAUUUUAGAUUUUUAUUUUACUUGAUUGUUAUGUUUUACUAUUAAAAUUAAAAUUAUCAUC